UCUUUCUCAACAGGCGCCUAACUGAGUUUGUAUAAAACAUAGACCCGUUUAUACAGCUGAAAAAUACAACUUGGAUCAUUAUUUAUCUGAGGGAUGUUUUAACUAAGGCCGACGUCGUUCCAGAUCAGGUUUGAGUUGCUUUAGGACCUCGCGGAAACGUCGACAGUAGGCGCUCUGAAACUUUAUAAAAAAAAAAAAAAACAGUGGUGAGAAGAAAUCGGUCGGCGCGCAACGUCACGCUGGAGAGUUUAAACUGGACAAGAUGGCGGAAGACAGCGGGCUGAGGAAUCGGAGUCGCUCGUCGAAGAAGAGCCGUAAAAGUCGACAAUCGGUAGAAGUUAUGACGGGUGUUGAGGAUGUUCCUAUGCUGAUACCACCACCCCAAGUGCCCAAGGGGGUGAACAUGAGGACCUGCCAGGUGGUUGAAGCCCCGUUAGCCGAAGUGGAGGGCUUCAUAGAUGAUGACGACGAGCCUAUUCUGUUAGAGAAGUGUUCUGCCCCUCUGGAGGUGGAGGCAGAACCAGAAGAGAAGCCAGAACCGGAGCCAGAGAAGGCUGGACCGGUGCAGGUAGUGGUGGCGCAUGAGGAUGACCACGGCUUUGAGCUGGAUGCGGCGGCUUUGGAGAGCAUCCUGAUGCAGGAGCACGUGCGGGACCUCAACGUGGUGGUGCUGUCCGUGGCCGGAGCUUUUCGGAAAGGCAAGUCCUUCCUGCUGGACUUCAUGCUGCGCUACAUGUAUAGUCAGUCCACUAGCUCAUGGAUGGGGGGGAAUGACGACCCUCUAACUGGCUUCACCUGGAGGGGGGGCUGUGAGCGAGAGACCACAGGUAUCCAGGUGUGGAGUGACGUGUUUGUGGUGGACAAACCAGAUGGCAGUAAGGUGGCUGUUCUCCUAGUGGAUACGCAGGGAGCCUUUGACAGCCAGUCCACCAUCAAAGACUGUGCCACGGUGUUUGCUCUCAGCACAAUGACCAGCUCUGUACAGGUCUACAAUCUUUCCCAGAAUAUUCAAGAGGAUGACUUGCAACAUCUUCAGCUGUUCACGGAGUAUGGCAGACUGGCGUUGGAGGAGAUCUAUGAGAAGCCUUUUCAGAAACUAAUGUUCUUGAUCAGAGACUGGUGUUACCCUUACGAGCACAGGUAUGGGCUGGAAGGAGGCAAUGGUUUCCUGGAUCGACGGCUUCAGGUGAAGCAGAACCAGCAUGAGGAGCUGCAGAACGUCCGUAAGCACAUCCACGCCUGCUUCUCCUCAAUCGACUGCUUCCUGCUGCCCCAUCCAGGCCUCAAGGUCGCCACCAACCCCAACUUUGAUGGCAGGCUGAAGGACAUCGAUGACGAAUUUAAGAGCACUCUACAGGAACUGGUGCCUCUGCUGUUGGCUCCUGAGCACCUGGUGGAGAAGGAGAUCAAUGGAGCCAAGGUCACCUGCAGAGACCUGCUCGAGUACUUCAAGGCUUACAUCAAGAUCUACCAGGGGGAGGAGCUGCCCCACCCCAAAUCUAUGUUACAGGCGACUGCUGAGGCCAACAACCUGACUGCUGUGGCUGCUGCCAAGGACACCUACAGUAAAGGCAUGGAGCAGAUCUGCGGCGGCACCAAGCCAUACAUCGCGCCCUCUGACCUGCAUCGCUACCACGAGCAGCUGAAGGAGACGUCCGUCCGACAGUUCCGCGCAGUCAAGAAGAUGGGCGGCGCCGAGUACUGCCAGCGCUACCAGGACCAGCUGGAGACGGAGCUGGACGAGCUGUACGCCAACUUCAUCAAGCACAACGACAGCAAGAACAUCUUCUAUGCCGCACGCACCCCCGCCACGCUCUUCGCCGUCAUGUUCGUGGCCUACGUCAUCUCCACGGUGACGGGCUUCAUCGGCCUGUCGGCCAUCGCCGCGCUGGCCAACCUGGUGAUGGGCGUGUCGCUGAUGUCGCUGUGCGCCUGGGCGUACGUGCGCUACUCGGGCGAGUACAGGGAGGUGGCCGAGGCCAUCGACAUCACAGCGGAGGCCCUGUGGGAACAGGUGCUGAAGCCUCUGACGGAGCAGUACAUGGAGGAUAAUAUCAGACAGACUGUAGUGAACUCAAUAAGAGCCAGUUUAACGGAGCCCUUGGCCAAUCCCGGUGCAAAGUUAAAACCCAACUGACCUCCGACCCUCGAGACACAACCUCCGCCCUCUAGCUGUGUGUGUGUGUGAAUGGGAGAGAAGAAAACAGAAUGGACUUCAUCUCAUAGUGGAACUACUACCAAAGUUUACACUCAACACCUGGACCUGUCUAGUUGUCAAUCCCCCCAGCCCCUCUCCAAUGCUGGCAAAUCAAACUGACCAUACACACUCACUCACUCACUCACUCAUGCAUACACACAGAUCUACUGACUCCACUUUCACAUAGAUUGACUCCAUCUUGUGCAUAGAGACAAACUGACCUAUAUACGCUCGUUUGUUAGUGACGCAUACUGAAACCAGAAGACCCUGUUCUGCCAAGUACGGUGUUAACGGUGCCAUGACAACCAUUAACCUGAGCCCUUAUCUCUGAGGGCCUUGUUUAUUUUCUGUUUAUUUUCUAUUUGUUUUGCCUUUUUCUGUUCUCACUGUCAGCCUUGUAAACAAGUAUAGAUAAACUCACAGACCGGCAGAUGCAGAGUACAGACUUCGAGGUAGAGGCAUACUGUCACGACUCGACCAGUGGUCGUUGUGUUGACGUGUAUCAUCAGAAGGCUCGGCACCAAAAUCCAUCCAAGGCUCGUUUGCGUGAAGCUCUCCAUUGUACAGUUGCUAGAAAAUCAUGUUCAUUUGUAUCAUAGAUGACAGCGCAUGCACAUGAAUGUAUAAAUCCAUGAUUUUUGUAUCAUUUUUGUAGAUGGCUGCAGGAGGCUCUUUGGUGGAGACAAGUCUUUUGUUAUCUUUUGUUCUAAGCCCCGCCCCUGACCCCACCCCUUCCCCAAGCUCCAAUCAGAAGCCACUUUUCUGAGGGCCGAGAGUAGCGGAUUGGUGGACGCAGGGUUGGGGUUCAUCUGGCCUUUUAAAAGCUGCACCCUGUAAUUUAUUUUUUAAAAGUUGAUUAAAAUACAUAUUUUAAAUUUA